AUGAACACUGCUUUUAACGCUCUAGGAAGCUCAUCACUGCGUUCGGCAGAGUUCGAGUCGAAGGACAUGACGGAUGAAAUGCUAAUUGAGGCGGCUCAACUCUUCAGUGAGCAUUAUGGCAUAUGGAAUGCGCCUGAGUACAAGCGAGGUAUCCCUACCCCCAUGAGCGCAUCUCGGCUUCGGAGGUCAUAUCUUCCAGUCGGCGCCUACUCUUCCUAUGUCUGUGUCCAUGUUGAUGGCACUCUCGCCGGUCACGCAUUUGCCUGCCGGUGGACCUACCACGGCCGACGAGUCUGCUGGGUGACCCAGCUCGUUGUCCAUCGCGACUUCAGGGAACGUCGCCUCGCAACCCGCCUUCUGGAGAAGCUCCGCAAGAACGAUGAUGAGGUCUUUGGCAUUAUGAGCUCGCAUCCAGCCGCCUGCAUCGCCCUUUCCAAAGCGUGCUCCGAAUUCUCCUUUCCACAUGUUCCACUGGGCUUCAUGCAAACCUGUGCAAGGGAGGUGAUGGCCGGCUCCCCGAUUUCCUAUGUUAGAGACGCCAAACUCUGUGGCUCGCUUUUCCAGCCCGAUGGCGCCUCGCACUUGGGUCUCGUCUCGGGCGUCGAUACGAACUUCUUCGUUGACCAUGAGGAACCACUGAGUGCCCUUGAAUGGCUCCAGGCGGAGGGAUUAUGGCCGCUCGGUAGUUUACCCGACGGACACGAGUUCCUGUUGGUCUUUGAAGUGUCACGACGUCGGUCCCGUCGGCGAGCAUUUCGGCGCGGUGUUUCGCCAUGUCAAGAGUUUCGGCGCGGAGUGUGA